AUGGCGCCGGCCGACACACGCCUCAACUACUUCACCUGCACCCUGGGCGAGGCGGCAACAUGGAACGCAGACCACCCCCACCCCUUCCACACCGUCAACCAUCUUAUAGACGAGCAGGCAGAAGACCUGAGACAGAGGCCUGCCGUCAACUUCCCAGGCGGAUGCUUUGCCGAUGAUGGCAGGGAGAUGAAGUCGGAUUUCACCUAUCGCGAACUCAGGACAUACUCCCUGGCCACAGCAGCACGUCUGCGCCGGAGACUCCAGGUGUCCGAUCGAAAUGCCUCUGGUACGGCUGGUCUGCUCUGCUCGAGCACCCCCGAGUUCAUCCUGACCUGGCUGGGUCUCAUGCGGUUGGGGAUAUCUGUAAUGCUCCUGGCUCCCCAGCUAGAACGUACCGCGAUCAAGCACUUGUGUUCAACGUGUAAUGUCUCAGUGAUUUUCGCCGACGCUAGGAACUAUGACAGGGUCAAGAACCUGAAAGAUGGCAGUCUGGCCAUCAAUAUCAGCAACGUACUCUACAACCUCAAGCCUGAGCAGAGCCCGGCCAAAAUUCCCUCGCGUGCCAAGUCGGACGAGAUAGCCUAUCUCUUUCACACGUCAGGCACCUCUUCUGGUCUCCCCAAGCCCAUACCACAGUCCCAUUUUGCCGCAGUUGGGGUCCUCCCUCGGCUUCCUGGCGGCGGCAGUGCCGCCACAUUUUCCACGACACCCUUAUAUCACGGUGGUAUCGCUGACUGCUUCCGAGCAUGGGCCAGUGGCGCCACCAUCCAUCUUUUCCCUGGUACUCAGCCCAUCACAGCUGCCAAUGUUCAACGGGCUGUCGGCCUUGCGAAUCGAUACCUUGCAAAUGCAUGCCCUGUCAAAUAUUUCACCAGCGUUCCAUACAUCCUUCAGAUGCUAGGCGGCGACCCAGCUGACCCUGAAGAUGACUCGGGCCUCCAGCUUCUGCAAGAAAUGGACCUUGUGGGUGUCGGCGGAGCCGCUCUGCCAGCGUCUGUUGGCGAGCACCUCGCUUCCAAAAAUGUGAAACUUGUCUCUCGCUUCGGCAGCGCAGAGUGUGGCUUUCUGCUUUCUUCGCACCGGGACUACAGCACUGACCGCGAGUGGUCCUUCCUCCGUGCUCAUUCGUCUCUGCAGCCGGAUUAUUACGAUUUUGAACCCCAAGCAAGAGAGGAUGGCGAGCCGUCUCUUUUUGAGCUCAUCGUUAAACCCAAAUGGCCGCACCGUGGAAAGACUAAUCGCCCCGAUGGUUCUUUUGCCACGUCGGAUUUGUUCGAGCAGCAUCCCUCGAUCACAAACGCGUGGCGCUAUCACAGCCGGGCAGACGCGCAGAUAACGCUUCUGAAUGGGAAGAAAUUUGACCCAUCUCCAGUGGAAGGCGAGCUACUAGCGUCAGAAAAGGGAAAGAGGGUUUUGAGCGACGCCAUGAUUUUUGGAACUGGCCGAGAAAUGCCUGGGGUUUUACUCUUUCCUAAGCCGGGGACCACUUCCGCUAGUGACGACCAAAUCAUUGAAGAGUUGUGGCCCACUGUUGAGAAGAUGAACGAGGAAACACAGAGCCAUGCGCGACUGGCCAGAAGAAGCAUGGUCGUCGUCAAAAGGGAACGCGGCGAAAUACCGCAGCUCCCGAAGAGCAGCAAAGGCACUAUUCUCAGGGGACAGGCCGAGAAGAUGUUUGCAGAGGAAAUCGAGCAGGCCGAUGACCAUAAUCCAGAGCUCAAUGGCAACAGGAAAAGGAUACCCGACAGCAAAGUUAUGGUUGAGUUGGGCCGCCUCUUCGAUGAUGUUACGGGCAGACAUAUCGACCCCCAGACUGACCUCUUCACGCAGGGCGUGGACUCGCUCGCCUGUUCACAGCUUAGGAAGACCAUCUCAAAGGCGUUCUUUGCCGACACCGACAUAACAUUACCGCUUAACGUAAUUUAUGACCAAGGCUCGAUAGAACGCUUAUCAAAGUAUAUUCUGCGGUGCCGAGUGUCCGGUGCGGCGGUCCCAGACGGGCUGAACGAAGAGGACCCAGAUGAGCAGCUCAUGCUGGACCUAGUGGAACAAUAUCGACGGGAGAUACUCGCACCCGCAGGCUCUUUCAACCACCAGGAGGACCGCGUGGUCGUUUUGACCGGGGCGACCGGGGCAUUGGGGGCGCAUAUCUUGGAGAUCCUGCUCCAGGACUCGAACGUGGCGCGGGUCUACUGCCUUGUGCGAGCAGAAAGUCCAGAGCAAGCAAGCGAGAGAAUAUUAACAUCGCUCAGGUCACGCGAUCUCGCAAUGCCUUCUAGCGAGAUCGGCAAGGACUCUAAGCUGGUCUCCCUGCCGUGCAGUCUCCAAGACGACAAACUCGGCCUCGCAGGCUCCGAGUGGGAAAAGUUAGCUGGCGAGGCAACGCUGAUGAUUCACUCGGCGUGGCCCGUAAACUUUAGCCUCAAGCUCAGAUCCUUCCAGGACCAGCUCAGCGGCCUGAUUAACCUCCUGGAGCUGCGCAACGCCUCGCGCAGCUCUGCGGCCCGAUUUGUCUUCAUCUCCUCGACGGCGUCCGUAAUCUCCGCGGCCAAGGGUGACCGCCCCAUCAGUGAAAAGCUCAGUUCCGACCCAGAUGAUGCCUCGCCCUUGGGUUAUUCGCGAUCGAAAUGGGUGGCCGAGAAUAUCCUUGCCUCGGCCAGAGUGAGCGGCAGCUUCGCGACGCCAAUAUCAUCGAGCACGUCAGGCCUCCGCUCGCCUGGGAUUGCAGAGGAGAGGACGCCGAUAAUCAUCAUCCGUGUCGGCCAACUCUGCGGCAAUUCCAGGACGGGCGUGUGGAAUGCCACCGAGGCAUACCCCAUUAUGCUGUCGUCCGCGCGCGUAUCAGGCUGCUUGCCCGACCUGCCCAGCGAGACACUCAGCUGGCUGCCCGUCGACACCGCCGCCCGCUCCGUGCUGGAGAUCGCGACCUCGCCGCCGGACCCGCCGGAACCUCCCCGCGCCCCCGGCCAACGCUACUCCCAGUCCCGCUCGCAGCACCUGCACAAGACACCGGUGUACCAUGUGGUGAACCCACACCAGGAGCCCGAGUGGCGGGACAUGCUGGGGUGGAUCUGCGGCGGCGGCGCCAGCGCCGACGGGGAUCAGAACGGCCGUGUGGAGGUGAGUGUUGUCCAAGCCCCGGAGUGGAUUGACAGGCUGGAGCGGGCGCUGGAGACACGGGACCACCCCGCGCGGGCGCUGCUGCAUCUCUGGAAGGCGGCUUACUGUGGCAGGCGCGGUAGUUUGGGGGUCGGAGAGGGGUCGGCGGCGCGGUUCGCCACUCGGAGGACGGAGAGAGUCUCGGAGACUAUGAGGGGUGUUCGGCCUUUGGGCCGGGACGAUGUACUGAGGAUGUGGCGGUGGAUAGAGGGGAACGUCUAG